CCCUCAGGAGAAGGCUCUGUCCAGCAGCGGAUGGGAGGCACAAGACAUUUACAUGAUGUGAGAUCUUCUCAUCUGAGGAGGCCACAGCAAGAUAUGAUAGACACCUUGUUCAUGGAACAGAAGCUUCCCUCAGAGACUUCGGUCCAUUCCAUCCUGCUGGUUGGCUGAAUAGACCCUGGAGAGGGGUGAUACUGUUUGACUGUCUGAUACCUGAACCUAGAGUGCAAAAGCAUGGAUUAUCCUGAGGAAGAUAUGAUGUACGAAAAAAUGCAGCAUGAAAUGGAAAUGUUUUUGACAGACUUUCCCAUGACAAAACUGAAACUAGAACGGCAUAUCCAAGACCUUUACUGCAUGGCAGACAAAAUCGACAAGCUUCACAAGGAUUGCACCAUUGCCAGUGUCGUAGCUAGUUCCACUGGUGUCGCCUCUGAUCUGACCACGAUGGGGUGUGCUCUUGUACCUAUCACGGCAAGAUGGAGCUUGAGCCUCUCUAUAACUGGGAUGGGAUUGGGAGCAGCAGCUACUGUCACAGGUAUUUCUGCAAGUGUUAUUGAUAAUGUGAGUGCCUCACGGGGGAGGACACAUUUCGACGAUGUUGAGGGAAGGACAGAUGACAUUAGGAGAGCUCUAUCUAAAGAGGUAAAUGGAAUUCUUCAUGCAGUGGGGAGGUUGAGGAAAACCUUCAAAAGUAUUGCCCCAAACUUCUGUGCCUUCAGCCUGGUCAAAGCCAAACCAGGUUUGAGCAAGACUUUUCAGGGCACAGUACUGGCCAUGACCAAAGGAGCCGGGAUGAGGGGUGCUGUAUUUGCAACAGUCUUUGUUCUAAUGGACAUAGCCACCAUUGUGCAAGAUUCAGUACAUUUGUCAAAAGGGGCAAAGGCUCCAACAGUGGCAGAACUGAGGAAGAGAGCUCAGAAUUUAGAAGAGAAACUGCAGGAUCUUUCCAGGGUCUAUGAGACCCUGCAGGAAAUGGAGACUCUGCUGACAACCUAAUAGCUGUGGGCCAGGGCAGUCUAUGGACAAUGGAUGAGUGUGUCCCAGGAGGGAAAUAAAGGGAACUUUACUUUAGCUUGAGUUUUUAGAAACAGUUGUCAGGGAGAAAACAGAAAAGAGAAAGAUCACUGCUCUUUGAGGCCAGUUAUCUGAAGUUAGUCCUGGCUCUGGAUCAUACUAGCUUUGGACUCCUUACAGUUCAAUUAUAGUAACUGUCUUAUCUUAUAGUCUGGGGAAGGGAGGGGGUGGGGCAGUGCAGAUGAGAGAAGGGAAUGACUUGCCCAAGAUGACACAGUCACUUUAUGAAUAUUUUAGUUAUUUAGAAUGAGGUUUCCCUUUUUAUUAUUGCUUCUUAGAUUUUAUUGUACACAUUGUAGUUGAUUUUUGAGGGUUUAUUUUGUGAUUUGCAACUUUGUGAAAGCUAUUGUCUCAAUAAGUAUCUUUGCUGAUUCUCUAGAAUUUUCCAAGUAUAUUGUCAUAUCUUCAGCAAAUCAUGAAAGUUUUAUGAAGUUUUACAUGUAUGUAUAUCUAGGUAUACAUAUAUGUGUAUAUGUAUACAUACAUAAUCUCACACACAUAUACAUGUACACACAAAUAUACUUUCAGAAGUCUACCAAAUAAUUGUCAGGAAAGUGGGCAUCUGGGCUUUACACCUUUAUUUAUAGGAAAAGAUUCAAGUGCAUCCCCAUUACAUAUGAUGCUAAUGCUCUUGAAUGCUUUUUGUGGUAUUUUUUGGAAAAUUCCUCAAUGAGCGAAGUGAGCAGAACCAGGAGAAUGUUGUACACAGUAACAGCCACAUUGUGCGAUGACUGACUUUGAUAGAC